AGGGGAAGCGCCAAGGUCAUGAUCGAGUGGCCCAAUGUGACCGUGGCCGGCCACCAGGAGCUGGGCCUGAAACCUGAGGAGCUGCAGAGGUCCAAAUGUGUCCUGGGCUUCAUUCCCGUCAUCUACUACAGUAUUCUGCUCUGUGUGGGAGUGCCAGUAAACAUCCUCACAGCAGUGGCCUUGUCCAGAUUGGCAUCCCGAACUAAGAGAACUCUGUACUACUACCUUUUAGCCGUGACAGGCUCAGAUAUUCUCUCCCAGCUCUUCAUCAUCUUUGUCGGCUUCCUGCUGGAGACGGCGGUUUUUCACCGUGACGUCCCCUUGCUCCUGCUGCAUUUUGUCAGUGCUGCCGAGUUUGCCGCCAACCACGCCUCCAUCUGGUCCACCGUGCCCCUCACCAUCGACCGCUACGUGGCAUUGUGCCACCCCCUCCUGCACCGACAGAUAAGCUACCCGGCCCGAGCCAGGAAGAUCAUCGCCACAGUCCUAAUGUUAUCGCUUGCAUCAGGCGUGCCUUUCUUCUGGUGGUCAGACAUGUGGCGGAACAGUCACCCACCCACGGCGCUGGACACUGUCCUCAUUUGGACGCAUGUGACUAUAAUCUACUUCCUGCCCUGCAGCAUCUUCUUAGUGUUGAACUCUUUGAUAAUCUACACGUUGAGGGUGGGGCAGAAGCAGCAGCGUUGCAAAGAAGAACACGAGGCGAAGUCGACACCUCCGCGGCGGCUCGGAAAAACCACGGCUAUGCUUCUUGCCAUCACCUCUGUGUUCUCUGUGCUGUGGGCUCCCAGGACUGUCGUGGUCAUCUACCACCUGUAUGUGUCCUCAGUUCACCGAGACUGGCGUGUCCACCUGGCCUACGACCUGUCCAACAUGCUGGCCAUGCUCAACACAGCUGUGAACUUCUUCCUCUACUGCUUCGUCAGUAAGCCUUUCCGCAACGCCGUGCGGGACGUUGUGCUGCUCAGAGGUGGCCCGCUGUAUCCUCGUCGUGCUAUGCCACAACAGCAGGCCCCCACCAAUGCCUCCAUCUCUUCCCUGUACAGUGGGAACAUUAAGCGCUCACAGCGGGACUCCACCCCCUUGUCACCACGCAGGGCCAGGAAGCCCUCGUGA